AAUGUUUUGAUAUAUUUUUAUUGUUAGUCAACAGUGAAGUCAACAACUGUCACAACUUCUUGAGGGAUGUCCUCAACACCAACAAGUAAUUUGGUGUUUGUUUGAUGUCUUAGAUAGUGAUUCAUCAGUCAUCCGACGACAAGAUGGACAUUGUCCAAGAGGUAUGCGGCCAUUUGAAGACAAUAUCCCGACUGAUGACCACCGCUGCCAACAGUAACCGUAAAAAUGACGACCAAAACUACAGCUCAUCAACUGAUGAAACCAUUGAUGAUGUUGUCGAACGAAUUGGCCAAUUGUGCCGCCAAUUGGACGACCAAUUCAACAAUAUCUACUCAAUCGUUGCCGAAGAUAUUAGUUUAGCAAUGAUGACGUCGAUGUCCAUCAACGGUGAUGAUGAUAAUGAUGGUCAAAACAAAUUCAAAAGACGUUUGUGGCAAUUGAUUGACCAACUGAUUAAAGCCGUAAUCUUGUUGGACACGGCCACACAAAGUGAUGGCGAGAUGAUAUCGGCGCCCAAUUAUAUGACAAUUAAGCUAUCGGUAAUCAAACUCGUGUCGAUAACAAUCAUACCGUACAUUAGUCCACACUUCCAACAGAUCCAACACCUGUUCAUAUCCAUUGAUAGCCAUUGUCUUAGUGAACAACAAUCUGAUAGCAAACAAAUUUCUCGAGAAUUUAUCCGACAAUUGACCCAAUUGUUGGCCGCACUGUUAACAACCAAAUCAUUUGUUUCGAAGAUACUUAUUGAUGAUUGUUUGGCAUCACUAAUGGCUUCAUUGAUGACACUACGCAAUGACAGCGAUUCAGUUGAUGACAGACAAACGGUUAACGACCAAUUGAUGUCAUUGUUGUCAUCCAUGGAUCAGACACUAAUAAUUCGAAAUCUGUUACUAUUAUCGCGCUGUAAAGCCGUCAAAUGGGCCAACAAUGAUAUCUCCCGAUGUCUGUCCCAAUGUUUGACCUGUGAUUUGGGACUCGUGGCGCUCAUCAAUGCUGUCAUCGAUUGCGAUCAAACAUCCGAAAAACAAACAACACUUAACCAGAGAUAUCAAGCCGUCGGUACUAUUGUAUCGGCUAUACCUGUCCUCUACUGUUCAUUGCGUGACUAUUACCAGCUUAUUGGUGGACAAAUAUUAAGAACACUGUUGUUGAGUUGCAAUCAAUAUCAUCAAACAAUUGGAUCAAUAAUACUGACAUGUCUUGAGAACAGAAACAAAAAGUUGACACAAGAAUUAAUUAUCAACAAAAUAGUCAAUAUAUUUGAAGGAACUAAUGGUUUACUAACAUUAAACAAUGGCAUAGAUAUUGUCAAUAAUUUAUUGAACAACAGAUACGAUGUGAAAAAGUUUGUGCCAAUAGUUCCGCAUUUAUUCUACUGUCGUGUCGUUCUCGAAGAAUCACUAUCGCACUACAAGACACUGUUGAUGAACAUUAUGGUUGAGAUAAUGCUUGCGGUUAAACAAAGUGUUUAUCUAUUGGACAAUCUUUUGUACAAUAAUUGCCAUUUGAUUAAAAAAUUUAAGAAAUGUGUGGCAACUGAUGGUACGAUUGGUGUACAACACCAGCACAAGAUUAUUAACUCGAUUGAUACCAGUUUUAGCAAUAGUUGUACCAAACCUGAACUUAAUGAUAGAGUAGAUGAUGACAGGGAACUGGAUCUCAAACAGUGCGAUAGUGUUGUGCAGUUUGUUUUGCAAUUGUUAGCAAAAUUGGGCGAUCAGUUCAAAAUGGAUUUGUUUUCAAUACUUAUCGAUAGGAUGUCGUUCCAGAGGCCGUCCCUAAUAACCUGUUGUCUUAUAGAUUCCAUACAGGAAGACGUACUUCAAAUUAUCAAUAAUUAUCCACAAAAAGCAAUCGGUUAUGUGAUUAACACCGUUGAACGUCUGGCCGAUGAACAGCGCAUGGAAUCAGUUUCUUAUGAACGCACCGACAAUGGUGUGGAAGAUGACGGAGAAGAGAAUGAAAAAAGUUUUGUAUUAAUGAAACAGAAUUCGCUGACAAUAUGUUUGCAAAUCGUGAAAAUAUUGCUUAAAGAACGCAACAAAUUGAAAGCUGAAGACUUGAACCAACUGAGACAACAACUAUCGCCAGCUUUGGAUUUAUUACAAAGGAAUGAGAGGUUUGAUGAUAGCACUCGUCGGUUGGCAUCUGAUAUGAAAAUACAGUUACUAUUGCUUGAAAACAAUUGCCAGUUGUUUGCGGAAAAUGAUGGCAAAUCAGUUGAUAAUGAGUUCGAGACGGCAAUGACUGAACUCAAUGACCCACUGAUGCCCGUCAGGGCUCACGCCUUGAUUAGACUUAAACGAUUGAUUUACGCCAACGAUCGACAAUUGAUGGACAACCGAAAUCAAUUGAUUAAUGCAUUGAAGAUGUGUCUUAACGACAGCGAGUCAUACAUAUACCUGUCCGCAGUUAACACACUGUCAACAUUGGCCAUCAAGUGUACCGAUGAAGUACUUCCGGUUUUGACGCAGGAGUUCACAGAUAAUGAACGUCCAGUUGAAGAUCGUAUAAAAGUGGGCGAAGUAUUGGUGCGAUUAUCUAAAUCUAUCGGCGAAUUUGCUCACCACUACUCCAAACAAUACAUCCACUGUUUUCUUACUGGUGUCAAAUCAUCGGCACCGGCCAUCAGGAUCUCUAGUCUAUCGAAUUUAGGCCAGUUUUGCGGUGCACUCAAACACGCACUGAAUUCCUAUAUCGUUGAACUGAUGUCCUGUGUAGAAGCCCUACUCAAAACUGAUCCCUAUAUCGAAGUUAAACGAUCGGCAGUAAUGUUGUUGUGUCUAAUGUUAAGAGGCAUAGACAGUGAUGUCAUCGGCGCAGUUGAACAACAUCUGAAAGAAAUUUACCGAUUGCUGAGACACAUCUAUUCGACAACUAUUGACGAUAUACUUCAGAUACACUCGCAGCUGGCCAUCGAUGAGAUCGACCGCAUUGCCAGAGAUCUGUUUAGGCCAAACAAUACUAGUCUCGUACGAAAUAUUCAAGUGCUAUGAUUUUUGGUUGUCUUUAUUUGAUUAUAAUUACCGGUAAUAUUAUUAUUGAAAGUA